AUGACCUCCAACACAGGACAAGGCGACCAGAAGCCGGCAUUGGCAACUGCCAUGCUUCCACAGAACACCCCGCAGGUUAUUGGAGAUACCGCUAGAAGUCUCAAGAAGUGUACCCGAAGGGAGAUCAGGCACGGCAACGAGGGAUCUUAUAUACUGGCCACUCAAGUGCCGGCCAAGCUGGUUGACCCGUCAGCCGACGACCAUUGUCGUGUAUUUGGAUCUAAAUGCCGGGUAACCUAUGAUGCCGAAACCCGUCAGCUGAUCGCUCAAAUCCCAUGCGGGCCUCACUUAGUUGCUGCGGGAGCUUUUGGACAAGAGAUUAUGAUGCAAAGCAUCAAAAUGGGCGCACACGCGCGUUUAAUUCCGAUGGGUAAGACAACGCACAUCGAUGGAACUGUCCAAAAGGAGCCAGCAGCGUGUUUUCGCCCAAAGUUCACCCUUCUGUCCGGAAGAACUGCAAAAUGGCCAACUCUCGUCGUGGAAUGCUGUUGGUCUGAAAGUCUAGCUCACAUACAAUGGGACGCAAACCUAUGGAUAGGAAGAUCUGAGGCAGAGGUCAAAGUGGUGAUUUUAAUGUCUAUGACAAAGGACCAAGAUGCACUCGUUGUGGAAAAGUGGACUCCGGGCAACCCACCCCAGACAAGAUCUUGGACUCGGUUUUCGGCCUCCAGGGAACAGUCCGUCAGGAUCUUUCGUUAUGCGAACGGAACUGUAAAGACUGCUGGUCAUCCUCUAAUAAUUCGCUUUGAGGAGGUCUUUCUACGCCCUCCAAAGCCACCCCUCGAACAGGACUUUGAGCUCGACCAAGCAGCACUUAUCUCCAUCGCAGAAUGCGCGUGGGAUCGAUCAAUCUAGAACUAUGACCACUGGCACGGCUGGUUACCUUUUGUCCUCUACGCUUGCGUUAAGGGUUUUACUUGUCAUACCCAGAAAGGUGCCUUUGUGUUAAAGUCUAAGCGUUAUACUGGUAGCACCAUUCUACCCAAUUGCUUGGACUAGCCUUAGACAGGGCAUAAGAAAAGAAUGCCAUUUGAUUAGCGGAUAAUGGUAACCUGGGCAGAGAUCUACCGUCUCGGUUAGUAUCCGAUCCCAAGUAGUUUUUUUUUUCUUCUCUUUUCUUGUCUUUUUUUCUUAACUGCAGCUUUUUGCG